CAGGCGCAGUGGUAAUGGUAUGCAAAUUUGUUGUGUCUAAACACGACCUCACGUGACCUUUGUGUGAUGAAAACUGUAAACAAAAGGAGACUAGCUUAAGUUAGUAAGAAGGAAAAGUAGGGGGAUUUUUUUUAAACAUCAAUGGACUGACUACUGUUUGCUUAAAAUCCAAUGGCAAAUAUUUCCUGUAUACAGAGGACAAGUCCUUAUAUUAAAUGGAUUAACAGUUUGCCAGUAGCUGAACUACUCUGAAAAGAACUGAAUACUUUACAAAUCUUGUGUGACUGAGGCACUUUCCUGGAUUGACCUGUCAACAGGAAUACCCAGUGCAAACAAACCCUUUGACAGCCAAGACGUUGCAAGGAUGUAUUAUUAGUACCUGAUCAUACAAAGAGCAUAAGACCAAAAGGGACCUACAAGAAAUAGCAAGUUAAUCUAAGUUACAUGUACCUACAUGUACAUGUACGAUAUCAAAUUGGGUUAUGGAUGUCUCAGCUGUUAAACCCUACCACUAAAGGAUUGAAGUGCACACACCAAGUACAAAGACAACCAACAUUGGCACAGUCACUGAAAGCAAGCUCAAAGUACUUAAUCUUUUGAUAGAAAACAUGCAGUCCAGUAUUAAAAUGUGCAGUCUAACCAGGAACAUAUAUAGAUAUACUGUCCCCAGGUCUAACAUUUGAAAUUGGUUGCUCAUCUUUGAAAUAAAUGAAGAACAUUGUCAAUGCAAAAUAUACCUGGAGUCGGUUUCACAAAAAAAAUAACAUACGACUAAGAUUGAUAGUAAGUAUUCUGAAUUGUUCAUGACUUACAAUCAAUCUUAGUCAUAAGUUUUUUUUUUGUGAAACGACUCCUGUGACCAAUAAACAAUCAUUGACAAUAUGUACGUCCCAGAAAAUAACAAAGACAAAUGUUAUCCAAGACGUUUGAUAUGAUAAAAAUCACUGCAAGAAUUGUUACUUAGUUCAUGUGUAGUUAAUGCCAUGUUUUUAUUGAGAUCAGUUGUGAUUAACAAUUUUUACUAUUAUUGUUCAUUUUAGUCUUGUCUAUUUUCAUAGAACUGUAGAAAUAAGAUCACAUCCCAAUCCCAAUUUACACUGUUUCACUUCCAAAGGUGCAUACAUUUGGGGAUGGGGGCAGGGGUCCCGGGUUCUGUCCACAUUUGUGAGCUACAUUUUUGGUUAAUGCAUAGACUUGUCUUGUAGCUAUAUAUAUAGACGUUGCAUUGUUUGCCCCCUUUCAACGGUAUUAUACUCUUACUGACACUCGGUUAUUAUCGCAAUGUUCAUCCCUCCCCCUUUUUAAUAAAACGCAGCAUAUUUUAAUGCCGAAACUAAAUUUGCCACGUUCAAUGAUUGUCUUCAGUUAUUUAAUAAUAAACACGUCGAAUUGAGAUGCAAUAAAUAAGGGAACGUACAAACCAAGAGUGGGAUAAGAUAUCAAAAUACACGAGGGUCAAUGUCAAUGACAUUGUUGUUUUGGUUAUACAAUAAUUAUUUGAGACUGUAUUGGUAUUGCUGGAAUUCUACAAUGAAAUAAAAUAAACUUACCUUAAAAUUAAGAAUUCACAGUUGAUAAAAAUCACUUUCCAAGGCAGAAUAUGUGAAAUAGGUCACCGCUUCAGGUAUCCGCCAUUAUCACUCAUAUGUAAAUGCCCGUAUGUUUAUAUAUGUUUUUAAGCUCUCUGAAUUCUUAGUGCGAACAUACACAUGCUCGAUAUAUAUCCUUUUAAUUUCUUAAACGCCUUAGGUCCGGAAUGGUUUUUGUUGUCCAGAAAUUAAAGAAUACAUUAAGAUACAAUUAUAUACUGUAGAAAUUAAGAUAUAUGUAGGUUUUCUGAUAAAUAAUCAUGUUUAAAAUUGGUGGUCACCUUACUAUCGUUUGUACCAAUUCGGAUAUAUACGAAAUUGAGGGUGGGUCCAUUAAAAGUUUAAUAACUUUUUUAUUCUAAAACAUUAUAAAGUAAUUUUUGGUGUUUUGAAAUUCUAAAAUGUUGCUCUUUCGAAUAAUACAUUUUUCAAGCUCAGAAUCUUAACAGUUUUCUCUGUAGAUCAUCUCAAAGUUAAGGUACCCAGUCCAAAAGGUGACAUUAUGUCGAGGGCUACAUAACUGAUCAAAAUACCCCCUAGCCGGUGACUUUCCUAUGCCAAGAUAUAUAUAUAUAUAUAUAUAUAUAUAUAUAUAUAUAUAUAUAUAUAUAUAUAUAUAUAUAUAAUUCGUCUAAAUAACAGCCCAACAAUGUUAGAUCUGUAAAUGUGCGGAAGCAAUUUUUGUGCUUCCCUGGCCGAGUUUCGAACUUAUGCUACUUGCACUAUGCCCGGCGCGUUAGACAACUAGACCACCUAGUCUCGACAACAGUCAAGAUUUUCGGUGGCCGGGUGUUACCUUUCCUCGUCAGUUCUUAUCUAGCGUCGUAACACAGUACAUGAUAUGUGAGGCAUGAAGAUGGAAUAUUACAGAUCAUCUUAAUUACCUAACUCUAACUAAAUCUUCACAAAAACAUAAAAGUUUUAACUUCAAUUAAACUCUCUUAAAAUGGUUCUAUGUAAAAUGUGACUCGUUUAUCGCCAGUUGCAACUACGUGGGAGGCUGGCUUAAAAUGUCCAAAGCGUUAGCGGUAAUAUACAGCAAUUUUGUGCCAUUUUCAUACCAUACACGGAUCCUCGAGCACAAUUUUACUCCAGAUACCAGCACUGCAUACCUACGCAAGUUUUUUUUUUACAAUGAGAAUCAUAUCAGGUUCACACACAGUAGUUUCCUAGGACAACAGGAUGAUGCUCUACAGUUUAAUUUACUGCCUUAAAUUGGCCAGGUAUGACAUUAGAUUUCCCCUGGAUUUUGUCAUGUUUAUUUAGGUAAAAUAUAAAUACCACAUGUCGUUCUCCGUUCGUUAUCUUCUAUUGUCGCCAUAAACAUAAGAGCUACGCGUAGAACAUGAGCAAAAAGAAUCAAAUGUAAAAAUUUACUUUAAUUAUCUUUCGGGUAUCAAGUAUAUGUGGAACUCUCUAUUAGGCGCUUACAAACUUUAAAAGUCAGUGAAAACCUAUGGAAACGUCCCCAAAAAAUUAACCAAACUGUAAAGCUUUAUGCGGUUUUUUUCAGAGAUUGAUUGAAUGUUGUUUGUUUUUCGUCCAGUGACAAAUAUUUCCUACAUUUUCAGGACGAGGUUCAGAAGUGGAAUGACAGAUUGAUAAAGUAAAAAAUCAAACUGGCUUAUUAUUUGAUUUUGUUCUAAUCUCGAAGUGCAUACUAGAAAAAACCAUCGUCCCCUCCCCCGCAAACACAUAACUUUUCCUAUCCUAAAAUCACAAGCAAUGAUAUCAGAAAAUGAUUAUUCUAAAUGUUUAUUUAACUUUUAAAUGUACCAAUAAGUGUGUAGGAUACCUGGUUAACAUCACUCAAAUUGAAUUGUACCUGUUAAAUCGAUAAUUAAUGUUCUGACACAGUCCCAAGAUUUAAAUUCUAGUUUGUCAAUCUCAGCGUCGAGUAUCUACCUUUUCGUAACACGUCUAAUAGCAUGUUUUAGGGUGAAUAUCAUUUUACACCGUUGUUGCUUCUUUGAUAUAGAUACAGGUACCACCUGUUGGUCUUCCACACCUUGUUACUUUCGAAUAACUAUUGAUAGACUAGUCAAAGUUAGUCUCUGUUAGCAAUUUUUGAAAGUUUCAACAUUUGCGUUUAUUCUUUAUUAUUGUAUAUGUUUUAGUAUACUUUUCUGAUUUUGAUCGAUCUGAAGUAUCAAAUAAAUCUUAUCCGUGAUGAUCAGAGGUAAAAGAAGUAGGAUAAUGGACCUUGUGUAAAAUCUGAUGAAAAGUUAUGUUAUUCAGAAUAUAAAAUAUCGUCAUUAUUAUAAAUUUUCUUUUUAUUUGUAUUUAAUUUUUUUGCACAAUGUACCUAAUUGUGAUUUGAUCAAUGAAAAUGAAACCUGCUCAGUUGCAAACGGCUUAUAUGGGAUAAAGAAGACAAUUGCAGACAGACACUAAAAUGGCAAAGGAAGGUGAAAGUGAAUAUUGUUAUAAAACCUACCAAUGGGGUAAUGAGUUAUAUGAAUGUGUGAGUAACGAAAAAUUAUCCCCUGUCGAAAUCGUCGUAAUUGUUGUCGUGACUACGAUACUUAUAAUAUUAGUUGCAUGUUUAGUAAGGCAACUGUACAAGAAGAACACCCCCAACAACGGAAAUAACGUAAGUAGUUCAGAUAUAUACGACGUUAUAGUUGUGGGAGGAGGUAUCAUCGGCAGGUUCACUGCUUUGCAAAUAAAAGAAACUCAUAAAGAAGGAAACAUUCUACUUAUUGAUCAGUAUACUAUGCCACAGUCUCAUGGUAGCUCUAAGGGUCAUAGUAAAGGCAUUCAGAGAGCAAAUUGGAAUAAAAUAGAAACCUGUGCAAUGAAGAAGAUGAAGGACGACUCAAUUUCCGAAUGGGAACGUCUAAACCGUAUUUGUUCUAGACCGAUCGUAACAAAAAGCAAUGCAUUAUUUAUUGGACCAACCGAAAGUGCUUUUAUGAAAAAUACUCUUACAUCUUUAAAAAAAUAUCCAGACUGUCAGCAGAUGAAAUUUAUUGAUACACUUCAGCAGGAUUAUCCAAAUAUAAAUUUUAGUGAUAAUUGCGUGGGUAUUUUGGAUACAUCGGAGCUAUGUCUCGGUGCUGAUGAGAUUUUAAAACAAAUAUUGGAAACAUUUAUGAAGCUCGGUGGUAUAAAAAGGACUACAAAAGUCAUAAAAGUUACCCCAGGUGCUACUAUUUCUGUUUGCACUGACUACUUUGAAUACAGAACAAAACAACUUGUGGUUGCUACAGGUCCAUGGUCUUCAUCUUUUCUGCAUGGAUUAGGACUUGACAUUGAAUUUACGAAAAAGCAUGCAAUGGAAGGGUAUUGGAAACUUAAAUCAUGUCCCGAAACUAUAUGCCCAUCAGUAUUUGAAUAUAAAGACAAAUCGAUUUUCUGGACAAAUUAUACAACAGAGUAUGGUCCCUCUUUGAAGCUUGGUUUUGCCGGAAAAGAAAUAAGCGAAGAAGAUCUAAAGAAUGUCGAAACAAUGCACGACAAAGAAAUGGUAGCUUCUAUGACAAAAUAUGUUAAAAAUAAAUUCAGCAAAUUGAUAACAGACGAUGAGCCUUUUUUGGUACAAAAUUGCAUGUAUACGUUUACCAAAGACAGGAAACCUAUAAUAGGGCGCCACCCGGAAUGGGGCAAUAUAUUUCUUGCAGUUGGAAUGUCAGGAACAGGAUUUGGUUAUUCACCUGCAAUUAGUAAUAUUGUCUGCGACUUGGUCUUAGGAAAUGAACCAAAGUAUGACAUAUCUGAAUUCAGCGCUACCAGAUCCAGUUUAAAGACUGAGAAAAAAUAAUCCUUUUCUCAUAAUUUUCUUAUUUCUUUUAGUAAUAAUUGAUUUUGGUGAACUCAUUUAUUAAUCUGAAUGUGAUCUUAUUUUUUUUACAUCGAUAGUGAAUAGUUGUUUUUUCUAAGUUAGCAAUUUUAAAUACAUUUUGUUAACAUCGGAAAUGCUGCAUUGUACAGGAGUUAUUUCAAUUAAUUGUGCAGUGUUAUAAUUACUACUAACGUUAGUUCUAAUAUUCCAAUAUUAGUAUUCAUGGUUUUCAAACUAUAAUCUUAUUGCGGUAUUAAAUAGGGUCUUAUAUUUCGAUGAACAAAAAACUAUUUGACAAUCUGUUUUUCAACCCUCUGUCAGUUGGACGGAAAAAAAAUAAAAUCAAUGAAGCAUAUGCAUUUUCUAACAUGAAAUUUAUUAGAUAUUUGGAUUGACAAUACUUCAGUGAAUAAAAGACAAAUGGCUUUGUUUGUAUCCCACUAUACCUAUGGCUAUGGAUAAUGCUACAUAAUUACGAUACAAGGCGCGACGAAAGGAGAGAAAUCAUUAACCAAAAGUGAACUAUAUUUGUUUCAAAUAUAUAAAAGAUUAACUCACAGUAAGAUAUAAAAUCAAGUCCAAAAUUUUGUAAAGUUUAUAAUUCGUUGAUUCAAGUCACUUCCAAUUAUAUUUUCAAGUUUAUAAUCCACGUUUGUCCUACUAAUGAAUAUUGUUAAUUCCAAAAUUCACGUUUUGAUAAGCAUGAUAAGUGUGCCAGACUGAUAUUUCCAAAGAUUAAUAUAUAUAUCCAAUUUAUCAAACACUAUCACAAGUCAAUACAUGAGGUCCUACAUUAAGUCAUUGCAAAUCAAGAUAUCUGUUACAUAUGACUUUGUUACUUUUUUAUCCUAUCCCUAGCCUUGAUAGGUUCAUUCCCCUUUUUUAAUCUGCUUGUUUUGUUCACACGUCGUUGUCAAUAUAAUGGAAUUUGAUGCGACUGUCAUACAAGUGAGAGGUUAAGCUAGCUAUAAAACCAGGUUUAAUCCCCCAUUUUCCACAUAAGAAAAUGCCUGUACCAAGUCAGGAAUAUGACAGUUGUUAUCCAUUCGUUUGAUGUGUUUGAGCUUUUGAUUUUGCCAUUUGAUUAGGGACUUUCCGUUUUGAAUUUUCCUCGGAGUUCAGUAUUUUUGUGAUUUUACUUUUCACCUUUUUAAAAUGCAAUGUCAAAUAGAAUCUUAACAAUGAUUUCUACACCAAUGGUGCAUUAUUAGUUUUAAUUGGUUGUUUAAAAAAACAAAUGGUCAAUAAUCUUUUAGAUCCGAAAAUAUCUAUCUUUUUUUUUCUUUUUGAUGUACUUUAAAGUCAAAUAGACAGGUCGCAUAGAGUGUUUGCAGAUCGCCUAGACUAAGUCUUAAAUAGAAUUUUUAAAUAUCUACUUAAAUAGUGUACAGACUAUUUUUAUCUUUUACAUAAACAAUGAUACAUAAGUAUAUUAAUUGAAAGUGUGAACUGUGUACAUAAUGUUUUAAGUGUAAAUAUAUUAGUGGAAGAAUUUUCAUAUCCUAUUGCGGUGGUGGCACUAUUCUAUUGUUUUACUCCAAAUACAGAGACGUGCCUAUAUUGGCAGAAAUUCAUUGGAUAAAGAAUACAGAAUACAAUGUCUUUAUAUAAAUUUUACAUUUAUUUGUUACAUAUCGUGUAGCAUUCUUUCAUUUAUUUGGUCCGUUAUUUAUAGAUAGGUCAACGUUGUUUAUAUCAACGUGUUUGCUCUUAUACUUUACUUUGACAUAUUCAAUAUUGAAAACGGCGUUCAUUGCGAAUAUAGCUUUUUCUCUUCUGAAAUAAACAGAUUAAUACAGUUGGAUUCUCAGUUUUAUUACUGAUAUUUGUCCAUUGUCUAAGUAACCUAAUGCAUCGUCGAAAUUGCAAAUUAUUACCUUUCUUUUUUAAAGCUAGUUACAACCAUAGUAGUAGCUUUGUCUCAUAAAGCUGAACAUACUUUUCCACUCUUUAUACUACACUUCCACAUAAUGGUAUCACACACAAAUUUCCUAUCUAAUUUAAAGGUUGUUUGAUCUAUGAUUGAAAAAGUGUUUGCUGCAACUCAUACAUGUAAUAUAAAGCCUUUUUCUCCAAUGAGAAAGGUAAAAAUGCUAGAUAUGCUUAAAUAAGGUGUGAUUAGAUGAGUCAAACCCUAUAUGUUCUCUUGGACAACCUUGAUGUACGUUUCGGCAAUACAUUUUAUCGACAGGUUGUAGGUAUUCCUAUGGGCAUCAAGUGUGCUCUUUAUGUAGCAGAUUUGUUCCUUUACCGUUAUGAACCACAGUUUAUGGCCAAACUAAGUAAAGAAAUUCAACAACACUAACCGCUAUCUUGCUGGGUUUUUUUUAGUUAUUAAAUCAAGAAUUCUCUGAACAUACUGCUGAUAUUUACCCAAAGAAAGUUACUUUAGAUAAAUCAAAUAUUAAUAGCAAUAACUGUCCUUUCCUAGAUUAAGAUAUUUCAGUAUUACAUAAGAAACUCUACAGAAAGAUUUACGACAAAAGUAUUGAUUUUUCUUUCCCUUUUGUUUUUUAUUAUUUUUUUUAUUUGCACAUGAACAUAAUAGUCAUGAGAGUAAGUUAUACACAUUUUAUGCACAAUGGUUAUAAUAUAUAUGCAUAAUAUAUACAACAUAUUAGAUAGACACAGCUGAAAUAGUUUGGUACAUUGCAGAUUAUGAUUGCAAGACAAAGGCUGUUUGGAUAUAGAAUACAUACAAUUUUAAUAUAUGGUGUCUGUUGUUUAUCUUUGUUUUUAUUACAAUAAAGGAGUCCAGGGGUUCUAGCAGUUCUCUGCCCUAAAGAAAAAAUAAAAUACAUUUUUUUUCUAUUAAAAAGUUUUCUUUCAAAUAUUUUUUUAGUGCUAUCAUAUUGGUUUGUUCCACUGAUAACUUGCUUCUAUAAAUGUUAAAUUUUGUUAACAGAAUUAUUAAGUUUCUUAUGUAAUUCUUAUCUGUUUUUGUUAGAAUCCUAAAUAAACCACAUCAAUAUUCAAAGUUAGUUUAUUUCUAUCUUCUCAAAUGUCCAGUAGUUAAUCUUUUCCCUUAAUUUUGAUAUAUAUGGACAAGUCCAAUAUAUAUGUUCUAUUGUUUCGACCCCUCCGAACCCAGCACUACACUUAUUUGUAUCUUUAAUCUUUAUUUUAUAGAAAAGUUAAUUCGUGCCUCAACUUCGAAGUAUUAUUCUGUAUUGAAACCACUGCAAUUUUGUAGUUUUGGUAAUAUAAAAGGGCAAUACAUGGAUAUUUUUACAAUUGUUGUUUGUAUUGAGAAUAAAUGACCAUUUUGUUUCACAUUUUUGUUGAGGAUUUGACUUUUUACUAUUUAAAAUAUUAUACAU